AUGUCCUCCUCCUCCUCCUCCUCUUCCCGAAAGGGCGGCCGUCAAUCGCCCUCCCCAGAACGCCAGUCCGAAUCGCAGACCGGUGCGCCGUCGAGUGGGAAAGCGUUCGAGAAGCGGGCGGAUAAGAGAGCGGAUCAGGGCGAGGAGAGUCAGGUUAGUGGCCUCAGCAGCAAUCCUGUGGGCCCUCUCGACCAAGCCGCUGCGGACAAGGCGUUGAAGCCUGGUGUGAAGAAUUUGGAUGGGUUGUAAAGUUAAAAGGGAAGGUUGUGGUAUCGAAUGGGGUAAAAGCGGUUACGAAUUUGGGUUUCCUUGGCCUUUUUUUUUAUUUUUAUUCUUUCUCUUAUGAUACUUUUCGCUCCGCAUUGGGCAUCCCAAAUACUUGUAAAACAUUAGCGUCACUGCCUAUGCAUCUCAUUCGUCAUCUUGAA